UUAAUUCCGACCCGGUCAGUUGCUACAUACAUGUUCGGUUCCUCUUCAUUCUUAAAAAUGUCGAAGUUUUCACGGCUUCUUCACCUUUUCAUCUUGAUUCUUGUCUUGAAUUCAGGCCCGGCACUGUGCCAUACCAAAGGGAUCAGGCUUAGGGGUCACAGAGGGAGGCAUCACAAGCAAUCCAACACGACCGGUGUCCGUGUCUCGGACCGGCAGUUCAUGCAAUGGGUCAAAUUCGUCGGCAGCCUUAAACACUCGGUGUUCAGGGCGGCGAAGAACAAGCUUUUCCCGUCUUAUAAAAUCACCGUUGACAAGAAUCCGGCGGGCGGAGACUUCACCAAGAUUCAGGAUGCCAUUGAUUCCCUGCCUUUCAUUAACCUUGUGAGAGUGGUUAUCAAGGUCCAUGCAGGGGUUUACUCAGAGAAAGUUAACAUUCCACCAUUGAAAUCCUUCAUUACAAUUCAAGGAGCAGGAGCAGACAAAACAAUAGUUCAAUGGGGAGACACAGCUCAAACACCAGGUCCAAAUGGACAACCUUUGGGGACCUAUGGUUCUGCAACUUUUGCUGUCAAUUCCCCAUAUUUUAUUGCCAAAAACAUCACAUUCAAGAACACUGCACCAGUACCACCACCGGGAGCGGUCGGAAAGCAAGCCGUGGCAUUUAGAAUAUCGGCGGACACGGCGACUUUCUUCGGCUGUCGAUUCCUCGGAGCUCAGGACACUCUCUAUGAUCACUUUGGUAGACAUUACUAUAAAGAUUGUUACAUUGAAGGCUCCGUGGAUUUCAUCUUUGGCAAUGCUCUCUCCCUCUUUGAGGGGUGUCACGUGCAUGCAAUAGCAAGGUUAACAGGGGCACUAACAGCACAGAACAGAGGGAGUAUCCUAGAUGAUACAGGGUUCUCUUUUGUGAAGUGUAAGGUGACGGGGUCAGGGGGGCUGUACCUAGGGAGGGCAUGGGGUCCUUUCUCUAGGGUAGUCUUUGCCUACACUUACAUGGACAACAUCAUACUUCCUAAGGGAUGGUAUAACUGGGGUGACCCUAACCGAGAAAUGACGGUGUUCUACGGGCAGUACAAAUGCAUGGGGCCGGGGGCGAGCUUUUCCGGCAGGGUUCCGUGGUCGAGGGAGCUUACGGAUGAGGAAGCCAAACCUUUUAUUUCACUUAGUUUCAUUGAUGGCUCUGAAUGGAUCAAAUUAUAGAUGUAAUAAUGGUCAUCACAUUUUUAUUUUUAUGUAUAUCGACAGAUUAAAAGAGUGUUC